AAAGGUUCUUCAUCCAGAGGGUGGCUGGGCACUGGAACAGGCUCCCCAGGGAAUUGAGCACAGUACCGAGCCUGUCAGAAGUUAAGAAGCGUUUGGACAGUGCUCUCAGGUUUGCCUGGGUAACACAAUGCCAGCUGAGCGCAAAAAGUCAGCAAAUAUGGAAGAAAAAGAAUCUCAGUUAAAUAACAAAGAAUUUAGUGAAAGGCGACCAGUGAGCACCAGGGAAAAGCCAAAAGAAGAUGUGAAGGUUGGCAUGAAGAGAGAGACUUUAAAGGUUCCUGAAGAUAAAAAGAAAAAAAUGGAAGAGGAUAAAAGAAAGAAGGAAGACAAGGAGAGGAAGAAAAAAGAAGAGGAUAAAGUAAAGGCAGAAGAGGAGCAGAAGAAGAAAGAAGAAGAAGAAAAAAAGAAACUUGAAGAAGAGGAGAAGAAGAAACAGGAGGAGGAAGAGAAAAAGAAACAAGAAGAAGAAGCUGCUCAACUGAAGGAGAAAGAGGAAGCACAUCAGCUCCAUCAGGAGGCUUGGGAGCGGCACCAGGCAAGAAAAGAGCUCCGCAGCAAAAACCAGAACGCACCGGAGAGUCGUCCGGAGGAAAACUUCUUCAGCAGACUGGACUCCAGUCUGAAGAAGAACACAGCUUUUGUUAAGAAGCUAAAAACCAUUACAGAGCAACAAAGGGACUCCUUGUCCCAUGACUUUAAUAGCCUGAAUUUAAGCAAAUACAUUGCAGAAGCAGUAGCUUCUAUUGUGGAGGCAAAACUGAAAAUAUCAGACGUGAACUGCGCUGUGCACUUGUGUUCCCUCUUUCACCAGCGAUAUGCUGAUUUUGCUCCUUCAUUACUUCAGGCUUGGAAGAAACAUUUUGAAGCAAGGAAAGAAGAGAAGACUUCCAACAUUACCAAGUUAAGAACUGAUUUGCGUUUCAUUGCAGAAUUGACAAUAGUUGGGAUUUUCACUGACAAGGAAGGUUUGUCUUUAAUCUAUGAGCAACUUAAAAAUAUUAUUAACGCUGAUCGAGAGUCCCACACUCAUGUUUCUGUGGUUAUCAGCUUUUGUCGGCACUGUGGAGAUGACAUUGCUGGUUUGGUACCAAGGAAAGUAAAAACUGUUGCAGAGAAGUUUAACUUGAGCUUUCCUCCUAGUGAGAUAAUUAGCCCAGAGAAACAACAGCCCUUCCAGAAUUUGUUGAAGGAAUACUUUACAUCUUUGACCAAACACCUGAAAAGGGACCACAGGGAGCUACAAAAUAUUGAAAGACAAAACAGACGGAUUCUCCACUCCAAGGGAGAGCUGAGUGAAGAUCGACACAAGCAAUAUGAGGAAUUUGCAAUGUCAUAUCAGAAGCUGUUGGCAAAUUCUCAGUCUCUGGCUGAUCUUUUGGAUGAGAACAUGCCUGACCUCCCCCAAGAGAAGCCAACGCCUGAGGAACAUGGACCUGGUAUUGAUAUUUUCACACCAGGAAAACCUGGAGAAUAUGACCUGGAGGGGGGUAUCUGGGAAGAUGAAGAUGCUAGAAACUUCUAUGAGAAUCUCAUUGACUUGAAGGCUUUUGUGCCAGCAAUUUUAUUUAAAGAUAAUGAAAAAUAUUCCCAGAGCAAGGAUUCCAGCAAAGAUGAAUCAAGAGAUUCAAAAGAUGCCAAAGAUAAUAAGGAAGCAGCUGGGAAUGAGGAUCUGGAAUUGGAGCUGGAGAACCUGGAUAUUAAUGAUGAUGCACUGGAGUUGGACUGUGGAGAUGAGGCAGAAGAUCUUACAAAGAAGCUUCUUGAUGAGCAAGAACAAGAGGAUGAAGAAGCCAGUACUGGAUCUCAUUUAAAACUCAUAGUAGAUGCUUUUCUUCAGCAGCUUCCAAAUUGUGUCAACAGAGACCUCAUAGACAAGGCAGCGAUGGAUUUUUGCAUGAAUAUGAAUACAAAAGCCAACAGAAGAAAACUGGUACGAGCACUUUUCAUAGUUCCUAGACAAAGAUUGGAUUUGCUACCAUUUUAUGCAAGACUGGUUGCCACAUUGCAUCCCUGUAUGUCUGAUGUAGCAGAGGAUCUCUGUUCCAUGCUGAAAGGGGAUUUCAGAUUCCAUGUAAGAAAAAAGGACCAGAUCAACAUUGAAACAAAGAAUAAAACUGUGAGAUUUAUUGGUGAGCUUACCAAGUUUAAGAUGUUCUCCAAGAACGAUACUCUGCACUGUUUAAAGAUGCUUCUGUCAGACUUCUCUCAUCACCAUAUUGAAAUGGCAUGCACCUUGCUGGAAACCUGUGGAAGAUUCCUCUUCAGAUCACCAGAAUCUCACUUAAGAACCAGCGUUCUUUUGGAACAAAUGAUGAGGAAAAAACAAGCAAUGCAUCUUGAUGCACGCUAUGUUACAAUGGUAGAAAAUGCCUAUUACUACUGUAAUCCCCCUCCAGCUGAAAAAACUGUGAAGAAAAAACGUCCUCCUUUGCAGGAAUAUAUCCGUAAGCUUCUUUACAAGGAUCUCUCCAAGGUCACCACAGAGAAGGUCCUGAGACAGAUGCGCAAGCUGCCUUGGCAGGAUGCAGAAGUUAAGGACUAUGUUAUAUGCUGUAUGAUCAACAUCUGGAAUGUGAAAUAUAAUAGUAUUCACUGUGUAGCCAACCUCCUAGCAGGGUUGGUCCUUUACCAGGAAGAUGUGGGAAUUCAUGUUGUGGAUGGAGUGCUAGAGGAUAUUCGACUAGGAAUGGAGGUUAAUCAACCAAAGUUCAACCAACGGCGGAUCAGCAGUGCCAAGUUUUUGGGGGAGCUUUACAAUUAUCGAAUGGUGGAGUCAGCUGUAAUAUUUAGAACUCUGUAUUCUUUCACCUCGUUUGGUGUGAACCCUGAUGGCAGUCCUAGUCCACUGGACCCUCCAGAACACCUUUUCAGAAUCAGACUUGUCUGUACUAUCCUCGAUACCUGUGGGCAAUAUUUUGACAGAGGAUCCAGCAAGCGAAAACUUGAUUGCUUCCUCGUAUAUUUUCAGCGCUAUGUGUGGUGGAAAAAAAGUCUGGAUGUUUGGACAAAAGACCACCCUUUUCCUAUAGACAUAGAUUAUAUGAUCAGUGAUACACUGGAACUGCUGAGACCAAAGAUAAAGCUCUGCAAUUCUCUGGAAGAAGCUGUCAGACAGGUGCAAGACUUGGAACGGGAAUUCUUAAUAAAAUUGGGAAUUGUGAAUGACAAAGAUUCCAAGGAGUCCAUUACAGAAGGAGAGAAUCUGGAAGAGGAUGAAGAAGAGGAAGAAGGUGGAGCAGAGACAGAGGAGCAAUCUGGAAAUGAAAGUGAAGUAAAUGAGCCAGAAGAAGAGGAGGGCUCUGACAAUGAGGAAGAAGAAGGUGAAGAAGAGGAGGAAGAAAACACCGAUUAUCUUACAGACUCCAAUAAGGAAAAUGAAACGGAUGAGGAGAAUACAGAAGUAAUGAUUAAAGGAGGAGGACUGAAGCAUGUCCCUUGUGCAGAGGAUGAGGACUUCAUUCAGGCCUUAGAUAAAAUGAUGCUGGAAAAUCUUCAGCAACGGAGUGGAGAAUCUGUUAAAGUGCAUCAGUUGGAUGUUGCUAUUCCUCUGCAUCUCAAAAGUCAGCUGAAAAAGGGCCCCCCACUUGGAGGUGGGGAAGGAGAGUCAGAGUCUGGGGACACGAUGCCAUUUGUCAUGUUAACAAGAAAAGGCAACAAACAGCAGUUUAAGAUCCUAAAUGUGCCGAUGUCUUCCCAACUUGCUGCAAACCAUUGGAACCAGCAGCAAGCGGAACAGGAGGAGAGAAUGAGGAUGAAAAAACUCACUUUGGAUAUCAAUGAACGGCAGGAACAAGAGGACUAUCAGGAAAUGUUGCAGUCUCUGGCACAGCGUCCAGCUCCAGCAAAUACCAAUCGUGAGCGGCGGCCUCGUUACCAGCAUCCGAAGGGAGCACCUAAUGCAGAUCUAAUCUUUAAAACCGGUGGGAGGUAGGACAAUCUUCCUUUAAAUGUGGUAAUUCUGGUUCUAGGCAAGUAAUUACCUUCAUAAUUGAAACAGAUAAUGAUCUCUGUAGUGAGUAUUUGGGCAGUCGUUUCCAUUCUAAAGCAUUCACUUAAAAUGCCAAGCAGUGUUUUGUGCUUCUAAUUCAGUGUCUGUACCUCCGUGACAAUUUGGAAGCCAAAAGAUUAUUUUUCAGUUGUGAAAUAGCUGCUAGAAUAUGAGCCUCUUUUUGUAGGGAAAAAGAAACAAGUCUGCUUUCUCCAUGAGAGGGGAUGAGGAUUUUUUUUUUUAUAGUAUCCCAGAAAUUCUCAUUAUGGUCUUUCUGUGAGGUAAAUUUCACAGCUAUUCCUCUGUAUUUGAUGCCUUGAAUGGAAAGUAAAUAUAGUAAAGGUGGGAAGACAGAGAAGAACUUUCAAUUUGUUGUGUAGAGUGUACCAAAACCAGCAUUAACAUGAAAAGUCAUUCCCAAUUGCUUAAUAGUUGUUCUGAGGCUUUAGUAUAUGUCUUUUCUCACUUGGAGCAAGCUGGCAAAUAAACCAUUAAAUUAGCCUUGCAGCACACAUUUGAAUAGACAGUUUCGGGUGAAUUGCAGACCUGCUUUCAUGUUCCUCUUUUCUUUGCAAGUCCAUUUUGAAGGUGGAUUGAUAGGAGCAGCAACUGGGAAGGGAACAGUUUACCUCCUAGUGGAUCUGCCUUUAUGAACUGCAAAUAAGUUAAUGUAAUGUACUACUUCUGUGUUCUAGUAGCAUUUCCAUCUUCUUCAUGGUACAUGUUUAUGAUCAUUUGAUAAUGUCCUGAUGAGCACUCACUCAUUGAGACCUCAUACAGACACAGCUUGUACAAGAAAGAAUUUUGGUUUUUUUAAAGAUUGCAGUUUAUUUUAAAUGUUUUUAAAAAAUGAACCAGAUGUAACUCAAAAUGAGCAGUGCUUUCCAUGUAGCUUUUUCAUAUCACUGUGACCUAAUGCUGUUUUAGGAAUACAAAGUGUUCAGUUACACUGAAUUGCCACAAUACUUACAGGUGUUUCAUUAACAGCUGCAGCCUUCUGUUCUUUCAGGCACGAGCUGCAUGCUGCAGUUAUUCUUUAAAUACAACAGCCAGACCAGUAGAUGUGAUAUCUGUAGAUUUCUUCUAAAUUAUUUUCUUUAGAAAACUUUUUAUAUUCUGAUGUUGUCGGGAAAAUGUCAUUUAGACUGUGAAGUAGGUCAGAUGUUACACAGCAGUUUGAGCAGUGUUUGCUUAUUCAAGUGCCAUGCACUUGCAGUUUUAAUGUAGUUUUGUAUUAUGGAGUUCACUCUUUGUUCCUUUUAAUCCAUCAGCUCCUUGGAGCAGAGAGCAGGAAGUUUUUUUGAGCAGGUAUAUUUUAUUUGUUGUGUACUGGGUGCUCUGCCUGGCAGUCAUGCAUCGGUUGAGCCAUCUCAGCCUGCAGUAAGGCACUAACACUUUUCCUAACUCCAUUUAUUUAUUGGAGACUGUGGGUACACCAAUGGCUUCCCACUGGCACAGACUGUCUGCUGCCUACAAUCUUAGAGCCUCUGAUUUGUAGGAUGUAUUGAAAACAAUCUUCUGACUUUCAAGGUUGCACUGCAGUCUCUGCCCAGACCCCCCUCUGGCUUUGUUAAAGCUUUACCCUGUGGAUUCUGAGGAUGCUGGAGGAUCUGGCUGAGCAGAUAGGAACUGAGCUGUUAAUUUUAAUAUCUGUAGAGAAGGUUUCACAUUCCGACUUGGUAGAACAAUGGUGUAACACAGAUGUUACCACUUCCAUGAGGACACGGUGUUGUGUUGUAGCUGCUUCUUUGUACAUGAACACAACUGAAAUGUUAUUUUCUUACAAAAUAAUUCAAACUUACUGGAAAUAACAGUUUGCUGCUUUCUUCAAGAUAUACAACUUUUUAUUUUACAAUUCUUGAGAUAGGGAUAAACUAAGCAAAUAAAUCUCCUGGUCGAUUCCACUGUAAUGUACAAUGUGACAGGUUCUGAUAGCUGAGGUAGGAAUGAGGCCUUUCUUGGAUUUCAGGGAGUGUUGAGAAUAGAGAAAUUGAUUUGUUGUUUUUACCUUUGCUUUAUGUUGCUAAACAUGCCCUAAGCACCGUGUUUCAAACACCUUUUAGGAAGUUAAAUCCAAAUCUCCCUAUUGUAACAGUUCAUUUCAGAAGUCUAUGAAGGUAGCAUUGGGUUCUUCCAUAUGUUUUUGGCCUUGAACAGCAGGAUCUCACUAAGCAAUUAACCCUCUAUGUUUUUUAAAAAAGAGAAAUCUGCUGUAGUUUUUACUUUAUUUCUCCUCUGUUAAUGUCCUUGUUCUAUACUAAAGUAAAUGCAGUGAGAUUUGCAAGCUUUGUCAGAUUUUAGUACGUGCAAAAUGCUGGAUCAAAAAUUGGAGUUUAUUCCUGUUUGUUUGGAAUUGCCUGCUUGUAUGGCCUUGUAUUACCUGUUUAUCCUGUAGGGAGGAGAUUCUUUCUGGGACUGGUACAUUUAAGGAUGACUGACCUUAAAGAUAAUUUACUGUGACUCCCUUAAAAGUAGGGUUCCUUGAUUUGCUUCAGCAGAACUGGGAAGAAAACAAUUUUCUCUCUUGCCUCCAGUUCUGUAGCAUUUGUGUGUUAAGAGAAGCCUUUGGCUCAGGCUAUUAAACUACUACCUUCAGGAAACACAAAAUUCACUAAAGUAAUUUUUUUUUGUGAUGGAAUUAUCAUAAAAAUAGACUUCUACCAUUAGGAACAGCUUAAAAUAUAAAAUGGUUUUCCUUUGUUUAAGAGGAUUGAGAUCCAUUAAAUGGCUUGGUUUUAAAAGUGAAAUGAAAAUAACCAUGUUAUAUAAAAUAAUUUUAAAAACAUUGAUUACCAAGGAAGUUAGAUUUCUCCCUGUAAUUCUUCUGUUGAGAAGUGGGGCCUUACCAAGGAUUUUAUCUUGUUAAACCUCUCCUUAUUAAAAGAAGUAGCCUCAAAAUUGGUUGCUGUUUUGAAGGUAUAGUACAGGGCUUGCCUGUGUCCAAAGUUCCCCUGGGGAUGCAGGUAUAGGCUGGCAAACCAAAUAAUAAUAUUCAAGUUAAAUGGUGAUCUCAGGUCUCCUGUUUACAUCUGACUCUUAUUUGUCUUUAACCCAUUUAAUAAAGAAAAAUGAAGCAUAACAGUAAUAACAGGAUGCUGGGAUGUUAUUAGCUAAAUAUUUUCAUCAUAAAGAAUAUUGCAUUAAUGCUGAAAAAUCAGAGUUUGGAUAAUAAGAAGAAAUGUGAAUUUAAUAUGAUUUCCUGUUUCAGCUACUGGACCAACACAAUUCAUACAUCACCUGUCAUGAAGUUGAUGCAUUGACAAUACUGCUUUAUGAAGCUUUGAAUUCACUUCUUACUGGCAUGAACCUUUCAAACUCAGCUAAGAAAUGCCAAACCCCUUUUCAGCUGUUUCAUGGGAGGGAAGCACAGGGAGGAGUAUGGGAGGAGGGCUCCAAAUCCUGCAGCUGCUUCUGGUGGGCUGCACUGGAGCUGAACACAAAACAGGAAAGGCUCAGGUGCUUGCCUUGGCAGGAUGGUGCUUGUUGAGCUCUGCAGGCUGAGUGUGAGUCUAACCCAGACAGCAAAGUUGGAGAGAUAACACUUCAGUUUAGAGGGAAUGGAAGGCAAAAUUGUAUUUAUAAGCCAUGCUCAGUUAGAAAGACUCCUAUGUUUGAAAAGGUUCUUUCAAUAUAAAUAAUAACAACUACCUACCAAAAACCCCUGCAGUUUUGUGGCCCUCUGGAAACCAGCUACCAAUCCCCAAAACACCCCCCUGCUCCCACUAUACACACUGACUUUGUGAUUUAACUUUGUCAGAGCAUUUUAUUUUUGAUGGAUAGAUGAGAAUAUAAAAUAGCUUGCAGAAGAUAAGAUUCUCUUACUUAGGCGAGUUCAGCUUUUGUGGUUUAUUUGAAUUUUGAUGUUCACAGUGUAGAAUGUGAUAAGUCAGAUGUGAUAGAUUUUUAAUGGGCACCUUGGUGUUUUCUGUUUCUUGUUCAUGGUUUUGGGUGACAAGGGGAGAGAGACAACAAAACAUGGAAGCUGAGAUUAGUUGAGAAGAGCAAAGCAGGGAGUGAACUGGGAGAGCAGGUGUUUGGAGCUGGAAGUUUGUGGGGAGAUUUGUGAAGAAAUGCAGCACUGCAGAAUUGCAGUGUUGUGGAUUGGAGGACACCAGGGGAUUAGGGAUAAGUGUGAAAUCCAACUUCAAAGGUCUCAAUGUCAAGAAAUAAAGAGAUUUUUUGUGAUCUUGUGAUGUCAGCAAUAUGCAGAAAGGAGUUGAUUGUUGAUAUUCUCCUGGGCACUCUCAGUUUAAGCUGUAAAGUUGUGCUGCUGAUUGAGCUCUCCCAGCUUCACCCGUGCCUUGGCUUUGUGAUUAUUUCGUAGCCUAUGGUGUGAUGUUUGUGUGUUUUUAUGACUUCCAGUUUUCUGCUCCAGCCACGGUUUGUGGCAGAGGUUCUGUGUAUUUCCCUGUCAGUCACGGGUGGGCGGUGUUAAUGCUCAGCAUGGCGUGAGAAGCCGCCUGUAUGAAUUUCAUACAAAUGAAUAAGGCGUCAGUGGCAGGAAGGGCAGUGUGGGAGGAGACUGCAAAGAAUUGAUUCAUUUUACACAUAGGGCUCAAGAUGGUUUUAAUCACAUCUGUGUACUGAGUUUGACCUUGCCAAAUAGAAGUUUGGAUCAAGUUUACUAGAUCAGACACAAAUGUGAAAUACCUGGUUUGGGAAAAACUAUUGCUGCUAUUUUUGGCAGCAGCACGUGUCUGUAAUCCCCUGAAACAGGGAUCUGCCACCAGCAGAUCUGGUAGCUGCUGGU